AUGCACUGUACACUGUGUAGUUGGUUGCUGAGGGAGUGGAAAGGGCCUCGGACCAAAGAUGACCUCCGAGCUUAUUUCAUUCUGGUUCAGAACCCUCAGUAUUCGAGCAGCAGCACCUUCGUGAUCUACGCUCACCUCCUGAGACAGAUCGCAGCUUUGUCUGAGGCUGACCACCAUUUCCUGGUUCACUGGCUCAAAAAGUUGUCUACUUUUUGGAGGUUCAAGCAGUUGGCGCCUCACCCGCAGUUCAUCUCCCACUCGCCUGUUCCUGCAGUCAUGAGCUUCUCUCUGACCAAGUGUUCAUGGUGGAUGUCUGCUACUAAAGUGCUCAGUCUGUUCAAUGCAGCGAACAGUGUCUCCUCUCCUCCCAUCAUGCCUUUCACCGACUUCUACAACAUCACUCUGGAUCACAUGGACUUCAUGGAGGAGUACAGGACCUGGCAGAACUACGGCAACUCGAACAGAUUUUCCUUCUGUCAGUUUCCUUUCAUCCUGUCCACAGUGGUGAAGAAAGCUAUUAUUCAGAAAGACUCAGAGCAACAGAUGAUCAGCCAGGCCAGACAAAGUCUGGUCAGUAAAGUUUCUCGCCGGCAGAGAGUCGACAUGAACCUUCUGUUUCUCAACAUUAAAGUUCGACGAGCACAACUUCUCACUGACUCACUGGAUGAGUUGACGAGGAAGCGGUGUGACCUGAAGAAGAAGCUGAAGGUGACGUUUGUCGGGGAGGCGGGGCUUGACAUGGGCGGCCUGACGAAGGAGUGGUUCCUGCUGCUGGUGCGACAGAUCUUCCACACAGACUAUGGUAUGUUCACCUACAUGAAGGACUCACGCUGUCAUUGGUUCAGCAGCUGGAAAUGUGACAACUACUCUGAGUUCCAGUUGGUAGGGACUCUGAUGGGUUUAGCGGUUUACAACAGCAUCGCUCUGGACAUCCACUUCCCCCUCUACUGUUACAGGUGUGUGUGUGUGUCAGCUGACGACCUACUGUUACAGGU